GCCAUUUUGAAAGUGGAACCUUGGAACGGGAGGGGGGGGCGGACGAGCGAGCAGGAAAGACCGACUCGGAAGAGCGGGGGAAGCCGAACGGAGCCGGCUUUACACCGCCCCCCCCCCCCCCCCCGGUACAAUCUGCUGCCAUCCUCCCUCCACGCUCGCCAUCAGCCCGGCCAAGGGGGCCCUUUCUAGAGCUGAGAGGCCGCUCUCUCUGACCCGGCCGCUAUUGGGAGCUCAACAUGGCAGGAGCUGGAGGAGGAGGGAAUGACAUUCAGUGGUGUUUUUCUCAGGUGAAAGGGGCUGUAGAUGAUGAUGUAGCAGAAGCGGAUAUAAUUUCUACGGUAGAAUUUAACCAUUCUGGAGAAUUACUAGCAACAGGAGACAAAGGAGGUAGAGUUGUCAUCUUUCAACAGGAGCAGGAGAACAAAAUCCAGUCUCUCAGCAGAGGAGAAUACAAUGUUUACAGUACUUUUCAAAGCCAUGAACCAGAAUUUGACUACUUGAAAAGUUUAGAAAUUGAAGAAAAGAUCAACAAAAUUAGGUGGUUACCCCAGAAAAAUGCUGCUCAGUUUUUAUUGUCUACAAAUGAUAAAACAAUAAAGUUAUGGAAAAUUAGUGAAAGGGACAAAAGACCAGAGGGCUAUAACUUGAAGGAAGAAGAUGGGCGGUAUAGGGACCCUUCUACAGUUACAACACUGCGGGUGCCAGUAUUCAGACCCAUGGAUCUUAUGGUUGAAGCUAGUCCACGAAGAAUAUUUGCAAAUGCUCACACAUAUCACAUCAACUCUAUCUCCAUCAAUAGUGAUUAUGAAACAUACCUAUCUGCAGAUGACUUGCGGAUUAAUCUGUGGCACCUAGAAAUUACAGACAGAAGUUUUAAUAUUGUAGAUAUUAAGCCUGCCAACAUGGAAGAGCUGACAGAGGUGAUAACGGCUGCAGAGUUCCAUCCUAACAGCUGUAAUACAUUUGUAUACAGCAGUAGUAAAGGAACAAUUCGUCUGUGUGACAUGAGAGCAUCGGCACUCUGUGACAGACAUUCAAAAUUGUUUGAAGAACCAGAAGACCCUAGCAACAGAUCAUUUUUCUCUGAAAUCAUCUCUUCUAUAUCCGAUGUAAAAUUCAGCCAUAGUGGUCGAUAUAUGAUGACUAGAGAUUAUCUGUCAGUGAAGAUCUGGGAUUUAAAUAUGGAAAACAGACCCGUGGAAACAUACCAGGUGCAUGAAUACCUCAGAAGUAAACUUUGUUCUCUGUAUGAGAAUGAUUGCAUUUUUGACAAAUUUGAGUGCUGUUGGAAUGGAUCGGACAGUGUUGUCAUGACGGGAUCUUACAACAAUUUCUUCAGAAUGUUUGACAGAAACACAAAGCGAGACAUCACCUUAGAAGCAUCACGGGAAAAUAAUAAACCUCGCACUGUUUUGAAGCCCCGCAAAGUCUGUGCGAGUGGCAAGCGAAAGAAGGAUGAAAUUAGCGUUGACAGCCUAGACUUCAACAAGAAGAUACUACAUACAGCCUGGCAUCCCAAGGAAAAUAUCAUUGCUGUAGCUACUACAAACAACUUGUAUAUAUUUCAAGACAAAGUGAAUUAGGAUUGGCAUUCCUAACAGAAGAGUCCACUUCCUGCAUAGUUGAGAUAGUUGAAUCUAGCAUUUGUACCUGUAAAUGAAAGAGAAUAAAAGAGAGAGGUCCAUUGUGGCACCCCUUUCCAGUGUUUAAAAAUGUGCCAUAUGACACACUUUUUUUUAGCUACAUGGAGAAAGCUCUGUUGAUCCAUCGCAGUGGUGUUCUCCAUGUUUGCUAGCCAUUUAGGUGAGGGUAGGGCACUUUUUAAUUUAAUGACUACUUGCACCAUCUUGCCUAAUGGACUAGGUUGGACUGUAUCAACAUUGGUUUACUCCACUUUUUAUGCCUUCCAUUGUGAUGACGUCGAACACAGGGAAAGCCUUCAGUCAUGCUAUGGGAUUUAAUUGUGUAACCUCAUUACUGUAUCAUUUGUGGCCCUUUUUUAUUAAAUGCAGCUCAUUCUUGCUGUGGCUUGUAGCAUUCCUCCUCCUGGACUCCCCCUUCAUUCCCUCCACCCAUCCCUGGUGGUGGCGUGUAGAAAAAAAUGAAAUAAAGCACAUGAAAUGGGUCAGUUUGGGGUCAGUGGUAAAGGGGUCUAUGUUGCGAACAAAUGUUUUAAUAAGCAGUUGACUGUAAUCACUCCUUGCCAUGUUUGGCACCAAAAAAGAGAAAAUAAGGAAGAAAAAAAAACUACUGAAUAAAAGUGACAAAGAAUGAAGAA